ACCCUCUCUUUCCAUCUCCACUGUGACUGAUCUUUGAUUCCCUCAACUUUCUCGCCUCCCGAACAACCAAUCCCUUCUCUUUCUCUCACUUUCUCAAUGGCUUCUCUCUCAACCUCUGCUUUCACCACUACCAUCUCAUCUUCUUCUGCUUCAUCCUCCUCUCUCCGGCCAUCUCUUCCCGUCUUGUCCUCCACUCCCAAAUCGUUCUCAUCCCUCGCUUCUUCCAACUCUUCUUUCUCUUCAACCCUCAAGCUUUCUUCCGCUUCUCCUCUCUCCCUCUCCUCCGUCCCUAGGAAAUCCUUCUCUUGCAGAAGCCAGGCUGCCUCUGUUGACUCUGAGAAAGUUCAAGAAAUGCACAUCUACGAGAUCAACGAGCGAGACCGUGGAAGUCCUGCGAUUCUCCGAUUAAGUCAGAAACCUGUGAAUUCCCUUGGUGAUCUAGUCCCCUUCAGCAACAAGUUGUACACAGGGUGUAUGCAGAAGCGCGUGGGCAUCACAGCAGGGAUCUGCAUUCUGAUCGAGCACAAGCCUGAGAAGAAAGGCGAUAGAUACGAGGCUAUCUACAGCUUCCACUUCGGAGACUAUGGCCACAUUGCCGUUCAAGGACCGUACCUGACCUAUGAGGACACAUACCUCGCCGUCACCGGCGGCUCCGGCCUCUUCGAGGGGGUCACCGGCCAGGUCAAGCUUCACCAGAUUGUGUUCCCGUUCAAAAUUUUCUACACUUUCUACCUCAGGGGCAUUAAGGACCUUCCGCAGGAAUUUCUUGGCAAGCCCGUUGAGCCCAGCCCAGCUGUAGAGCCCAGCCCGGAUGCCAAGGCCUUGCAGCCCCAUGCUACUAUUGCCGGCUACACAAAUUGAAGUUUUGUUUUGGUUAAUUAGGUUGGUUGUUAGAGAGUUGGUUUAUUUUAUGUCAGUGGUGGGUCCUUGAGGAAUAAGGUUGAAGCAUGUGUAGGAUUUGGUUUUUCACUAUAAUGGACUAUAGAGAACUUAGUGAAUUUCUUAAUGUAACUGCGAGUUUGGCUUUAUAUUUAAAUAUGGUUCCCCCAAGCUGUAAAGGCCAGUGGGAUCGCACAAAUAUUCUUCUUAAA